AUGAAAAAAUUGUUGGCUCACACAAAACUCGUUAAUCUCUUUAGAUUUUCCUCUUUCUCUUCAACUUCUCGUUUCAGCCAUUUCACCACCACCGGUUUAAAGUCUGACGCAGUAACAAGAACAAUAUUGAAAUUGAAAGUAAAAACCCUCAAACUUUCCCAAUCACAGCGUGCCUUCAUUUUUCAACCACCUCUCAAUCUUACUGCUAACUACCUCCGUAAUUUCCGCUAUUCUGGCAUUGGAUGCAUCUUAGGCGCGUCGGUUGCAACUGCGUCAACUAUUGCUUAUUCCAUGGAUGUAGUUGAGGAUACUUUGUGGGAUGAUCGUCGUAACAAUUCACAAGAUCUUUUAAAGGAUGAAGAAAAUAUGCAAGAUCUGUGGAAAGUAGUUGGAAAAUUUUGGCUGCCAAUUUUGUUCUUUUUGACCGUGCUUACAAACUUGGAUAAUCCAGUUACAGUAUUAUUCAUUAAACUGACGAUAUUCCUACUCAGCACAAAGCCGAAUCCGUUCUCUGUCUAUGUUUUUGUUGAUCAGUUGUGCCAACAAUCUAUACGCGAAGAUACUAGUUUUUUUAACAAAAAGUCAGUAUAUGCCAGUAAAGUCGAAGUACAGGACUAUAAGCUUCUUUGCCUGGCUGAUGUUGAAGUAAGAGACCACAAGUUUACUUUGAUUGGAAUUCUUGGUACAUGGUGGACUCUUCCGCAUUUACCGGAAGAAGCAUCUUAUUGCCAAGGAAUGAACAAGGAAAUCCUAUGUUGA